AUAAGUCCCAUCAAACCAAACAUUGUUUCUCAAGUGUUUGUCUAGUGAGUACCAUGAGUAAUAAAAUCAAAAAAGGCCCGAAAUUAAAACACUAUGUAAAUUCGACCAUGGGUGAAUUUUUUUUCAACUGUGCCGAACGUUUUGGUGAUCGAACAUGUCAAAUUGAUGCCACUUCAGACACUAAAGAAACUUACCAAAGUGUUAAAAAACGCAGUGUGAGAGUAGCUCUAGCUUUACUAAAUCGUGGAGUUACAAGUAAUGAUGUGGUUGUACUUUGUACUAAAGUUACCCUUGACAAUGUGGUACCUAUAAUAGCCACAUUUUUUAUUGGGGCCAAAAUAGCCAAUCUGGACCCGUCUCUAUCAGCGAGACAUACAACCCACUUGCUGACUUUAGUUUCCCCUAAAAUAAUUUUUGUCGAAGAAGAAUCAGUUUCCCUAAUUGAAGACAGUCUAAAAUGUGCAAACUUGGCAGCUGAAAUUGUGGUUUUUGGCAAAUCUUUAAAAUAUCUAACGUUCGACGAGUUCGCAACACCGAAACCUGAAGAAAGUGCUUUUAAACCAACGAAAGUUGACAUAUUCGACACCUCGAUUAUUUUUUUUAGUAGUGGAACUACAGGUCUACCGAAAGCGAUAUGUCACAGUCAUUCUAGUUUUCUUCAUGUCGCCUAUUCGUUCCAUCAAGCUGGCGGAAAAUGUGACUCGAUUCUGUCCUUCACGUCGUUUUACUGGGUCUCUGGUUUAAUUUUAUUGACCACUUCUUUUAUCAGUGGGGGUCACCGAAUUUUUUGUGGCCCCAUAGAUGCGGAAAAAACUUUCAAAAUCAUUGAAAACUACAAAGUGACUUUUAUUUUUUUGGCACCAAUUUUGACCUACAAACUAACAAGUUUCGAAAAAUAUCAAGACUAUGAUACGUCUUCUCUCUACAGUAUGUUAGUGGGAGGUACUCCCAUUAGUUCAGCUCAGUUCCAGCGAUUAACUGCGGUAUUUAAGCACACAAAUAUUAUUUUUGGGUACGGACUAACCGAAGCAGGAAUUGUUACGUUAUUUGACCCAAAAGAAGACCGCGAUUUGAUUCAAACGCAAGUUGGGUCUUGCGGAAAAGCAGCUCCUAGUAUGGAAAUUAAAGUCGUCGAUAUUAAAACAGGUCAACCACUUGGCCCCAAUCAAAAGGGCGAAGUACGUGUCAAAUCACCAACACUGAUGAAGGGCUAUUACAAGGUUGAAAGUUCAUCAGCAUUUGACAGUGACGGUUUCUUAAAAACGGGAGAUAUUGGAUAUUAUAACGAAAAAGGUUGUUUUUACGUAAUUGAGCGGCUGAAAGAAAUGUUCAAAUAUUUAUCCUGGCAUGUGGUACCAUCAGCAAUUGAAGCUAUUUUACUUGAACAUCCGGCUGUUAAAGAAGCUGUAGUUUUUGGACUUCCACAAAGUGAAGAAGAAGGUGAACUGCCUUCAGCUUGUGUGGUUUUGAAAGACAAUUGUAACGUCAAAAAGCAACAAAUUGAAGAGUUUGUUGCCGCUAGAGUCUCGGAUUACGAAAAGUUGAGAGGCGGAGUAUUUUUUGUCGAAGCUUUGCAGAAAACACCAAGCGGCAAACUCAUGCGGAAAGAAAUUAAAAAUGCGAUUAUGAAAACGCUAAAUAACUACACUUUUUGUAACUGUAUUAUGGAGCCUCCACAAAAAGGUGCCAGCAAGCCGUGCCUUGAAGGACCGAUUAUUAAAAUUAGUGAGGACUAUGGCGGACUUGGGGCCCAUUUUUUAGACACAUUAUUCGAAAACUUAAACAAAAUAAACCAGAUAGACACAGUAACUGGUAUAACGGAAAGUAACGGCUCCGUUCGUUCAAGAGCCAUUCAAAUAGCGCACGAAAUUCGCCAUUUGGGAGUCGUCGAAAACGACAUAGUCGUAAUUUGCUGCCGAAGUCACGCUGACCAAACGAUUGUAGUCCUCGCGUGUCUUCUGAUCGGCGCAAUAGUCGCCCCCAUUGACUCAGAACUGCACCACAGGGAAUGUGUGGGAAUUGUGACUCAACUCAAGCCAAAAAUGUGCUUUUGCGAUCUGCGAACGUUGAAACAAAUCGAACGAAUUUUGGCUGAAACUGGAAUCACGUCCAAACUUGUGCACUUUGGCGACCAGCAACAGUACGCCAUAUCCUUCCGAAAGUUGCUGUCAAAUCGUCAAUACCCCGAAGCUUUUAAACCUAUAACCGUUGAACAACCGAGAAAAAAAGCGGCUUUUAUUUUGGCAACUCAAGGGACAACGGACACGCCACGACUAGUCUGCCUCUCGCAUCACUUCAUCUAUUGCCAAAUUUUGGUGUUUCUUGAAGCCAUGGGUUCCCCCGAGAAAAUCAUCUCGUACUACCCUUUGUCCUGGGUGAUGCAAGUCGUUCUGAUGUGUCUGUGUUUCGAAGUUCCGGUCGUCAGAGUUCUGACUGGCGCUUUUGUCGAAAGAACGGCUUGUAAACUGAUACAUGAUCUUAAAAUUGACACUGCUUUCCUGAACACGGAACUUGCCCUACAACUGGUGGAGCACGUAGCUGUGAAAGAUUUUAAUUUAUCAUGUCUCAAGUGCGUUUUUAUCGGAAGUUUGGCCACAACUUCGCACGAUAUUAAACUACUAGUUACCCGAUUACCGAAAGUUAGGUUUACUCAAAUGUACUGCACUACGGAAACGGGAGCUGUUAUUGCGUGCCCGCCUAGAGACUACAGCGAGUCUUUAGAACGGUGUGGAACUGUUGGAAAAGUGGUGCAGAAUUGUAAACUCAGAGUGGUUGAUAUUGAUAGUCGGAAUGAUGUGGAAGUUGAGUGUUCUGGAGAACUGCUAGUUACAAGCGAUUGUUUGAUGCUUGGGUAUUUUAAAAACAUGGGAGCAACGCAGACAGUGAUGGAAGGUGGGUACUUCAAAACUGGUGAUCUUGCCAGAUACGAUGCUUCCGGCUGGCUGUACAUUGAGGGAAGAAUCUGCGAGUUUAUAUACAUCCAAGGCUGUAAAAUAUCGCCACGGAAAAUUGAGGAAAUAAUAAUGACACACCCGUUUGUCAAAGACACAGCAGUUGUCAGCAACAGUAAAGAAGUGGUGGCUUGUGUGAUAACCAAACCUGACACAAAAUUGGACGAAAACCGAUUGAUCACGUUUAUUUCAGAGAGACUUCCUGUCCAGAACUGGCCAACACGUAUCGUGUUUAUGUCAGACUUUCCUACAACUCCACUAGGAAAAAUCCGACGGGACGAAUUAAAGGAGGAGGUCCUAACGGUUAAAAUCGAACACAGCGAAAGCCAGUGGCACGUUUUGGGCUAAAUACAUAUUGACACAAAA